AUGUCUAAUCUUUAUGGAGAUUACAACCAGAAGAUCGAUUACGUGUUCAAGAUCGUGCUGAUAGGGGACUCCGGUGGGAAGUCCCAGCUCCUGGCUCGGUUCGCCAGGAACGAGUUCAGCGUCGAGUCGAAGGCCACCAUCGGGGUCGAGUUCCAGACGAAGACGCUCGUGAUCGAUCACAAGACGGUGAAGGCCCAGAUAUGGGACACCGCGGGUCAGGAGCGGUACCGAGCAGUGACAAGUGCAUACUACAGAGGUGCUGUUGGGGCAAUGUUGGUAUAUGACAUGACCAAGCGCCAAUCUUUCGACCACAUGACUAGGUGGCUGGAGGAACUGAGAGGUCAUGCUGACAAGAAUAUCGUCAUCAUGCUUGUCGGCAACAAGUCUGACUUGGGCAGCCUACGGGCUGUCCCGACGGAGGACGCCCAGGAGUUUGCCCAGAGAGAGAGCUUAUUCUUUAUGGAGACAUCGGCUCUUGAGGCAACCAAUGUUGAACCCGCAUUCCUGACAGUUUUGACAGAGAUAUACCGGAUCAUUUCCAAGAAGACCCUUAAUGCAAGCGAUGAAUCAGAUCCUGGUCUUCUUAAAGGGACGAAGAUUGUAGUCCCCGGACAGGAUGCGGAUGCCGGCAGAGGAAAAGGGGGGUGCUGCAUGUCCUCCUAAUCUUCUUCGUUCAGAUUAUAUUUCUUUUCGGCAAGAUAAU